GCAGCAGCUCAUGUAGUCUGGAUAAUUAGACUCUCGUGAUCCGCCCUCUCACUCCCCCCCCAACCUCCUCUAACUACUCUUGCAAAUAAUGUGUUCAUUCGUGUUCUUCUCGGUGAUGGAGCAAUAAGGAUGCCGAAACUGGACUUCCUGUAGAACUUUUCCCUUUUCUACGACCUUUUACUUUUCUUUCUAACUUACUUUUUUGUCCUACCUGUUCGCUGCCAUGCUGCGGGUCAUAGUAGAGUCUGCCACGGGUCUCCCCAAAAAGAAACUCGGCAGUCCUGACCCAAUCGUUUCUGUCACUUUCAAAGAUGAGAAGAAGAAAACCAAAUCAAUUGACAAUGAAGUGAACCCUGUCUGGAAUGAGGUGCUGGAGUUUGAUCUAAAAGGCGUUCCACUGGACUCCGGCUCCCAGCUAGACGUGGUUGUGAAAGACUACGAGACGAUUGGGAAAGAUAAAUUCCUUGGGUCCACUAAGGUUCCUCUGCGAGACCUUGCCUCUGGAAAAUCGAAAUCUUUGCCGUGCAAAAAUGUUCCUCUGGUCAAUGACAACGGGCAGGGCAUCGGAGCUACGAUAAACCUGGUGGUCGCCUACGACCCUCCAGCCAAUGCCAUGCCGAACCCCAACGACCCCCAAGAUGGAAAUGCUGCAGUGGACGCCGCAGCAGGAGGAGGUGGGGAUGAGGAGGGGAAUGAGACUGUUCCCGACGGGCCCCAGAGUGGCCCAGCUGGAGCCCCUUCAUCCUCCGGCCAGGCUGGGGCUCUUCGCCAGAGGCUGAACCGGGCGCAGAGUCGCCACCUACUUGCCAAUAAACCCCAGGACUUCCAGAUCCGUGUUCGGGUCAUGGAGGCCCGUCAGCUGUCUGGAAACAACAUCAAGCCUGUGGUGAAGGUCCACGUGUGUGGACAAACCCACCGGACGAGGAUCAAGAAGGGAAACAACCCGUUCUUCGACGAGAUCUUCUUCUACAACGUUCACAUGCUGCCGUCGGAUUUGUUUGAACAGAACAUCAGCUUCAGGGUGUAUAAUUCAUAUUCACUGAGGGCAGACAGCCUUAUGGGGGAAUUCAUGCUGGACGUUGGUUAUGUUUAUGAUGAACCAGCCCACUGUGUGAUGAGGAAGUGGCUCCUGUUGAAUGACCCAGACGACUCCAGCUCUGGCGCGAAAGGCUACCUCAAAGUCAGCCUGUUUGUUGUGGGGACGGGAGACGAGCCUCCGAUGGAGAAGAGGGAGUCUAAUGACGACCAGGAUGACAUAGAGAGCAACCUGCUGCUGCCAGCAGGAGUCGCCCUGCGGAGGGCCACGCUGUGCUUAAAGGUGUUCAGGGCUGAGGACGUCCCCCAGAUGGACGAUGCAUUUGUCCAGACGUUGAAAGGAAUCUUUGGAGGAGAGGAAAACAAGAAGAACCUGGUGGAUCCUUUCCUAGAGGCGCGGUUUGCUGGCAAAAAGUUGUGCACUCAGAUCAUUGAGAAGAACGCCAACCCGGAGUGGAACCAAGUUUUGAACCUUCAAGUCAAAUUCCCGUCCAUGUGUGAGCGCAUCAAGCUGACGUUGUAUGACUGGGAUCGGCUGACAGGAAAUGAUGCCGUUGGCACCACAUACCUGAACCUGACCAAGAUAGCCUCUUCUGGUGGAGACAUGGAAGCUGACUCAGGAGAGUCUCAGGUGGGUUUCCUGCCUGUGUUUGGACCCUGCUACAUCAACCUGUACGGCAGUCCCAGAGAGUUCACGGGCCUCCCGGACCCCUACGAGGCUCUGAACCUUGGCGAGGGAGAAGGAGUGGCGUACAGGGGCAGGGUACUGGUGGAGCUCUCCACGAAGCUGGAGGGGAAAGCAGACAAAGCAGUUGACAGUAUCCACAGUGAUGACAUCCUUGUGGUUCAGAAGUACCAGCGAAGAAGAAAAUACUGUCUGUGCGCAGUCUUCCACAGCGCCUCCAUGAUUCAGGAACCUGGUGAACCCAUCCAGUUUGAGGUCAGCAUUGGUAACUACGGCAACAAACUGGACACCACCUGUAAACCCCUGGCCUCCACCACCCAGUACAGCUGUGCUGUAUUUGAUGGUAACCAUUACUACUACCUGCCCUGGGCAAACACUAAGCCAGUGGUUGUUGUCACGUCCUUCUGGGAGGACAUUGGUCACCGCCUCGAAUCUGUCAACAUCAUCCUCUACAUCACUCAUCGCUUGCAAUCCAACCUGGAUGCUUUUAAAAUCGCCAUAUUGGCUAAAGUUCCUGACAGCCAGCUGGUAGAGGUGUGGAUGAAGUUACUCAAUCAGUUGAUUGAAGACUUGGACAGUUUCCCCACCCCUGACCUGGAGGGCCGCUCCAACCUGACAUCUCUGGACAUCCAGAUCAAGAAACUACGAGACAGUGCUCUGACGUUCAUCAAGUCGGCAGCGAGACGCAUGAGAGAGGAGGCCAGGGAAAUCCCAGACACGCUGCCGGACAUAGAGAGCUGGGUGGACAAGCUCAACCAGCUGGCCGACGAGCCCCAGAACAGCAUGCCUGACGUGAUCAUCUGGAUGCUGCGCGGCGAGAAGCGUGUGGCCUACAGCCGCAUCCCGGCUCAUCAAAUCCUCUACUCCACCUACAGCGAGCAGGCCUGUGGCCAGCACUGUGGUCAGACUCGGACCAUCUUCCUGAAGUACCCCAUGGACAAAACCAAAGGCCUGAAGGUUCCGGUUCAGGUCAGGGUCAACAUGUGGCUGGGCCUCUCUGCACAAGAGAAAAGGUUCAACGCCUUCUCAGAGGGAACCUUCAGUGUGUUUGCUGAACUGUAUGAAAACCAGGCUAAAGUGUUCGGGAACUGGGGGACCACCGGACUGGUGGGCCGCCACAAGUUCUCCGAUGUGACGGGAAAACUGAAGCUGAAGCAGGAGUACUUCAUGCCACCCAAAGGAUGGGAGUGGGAGUCCGACUGGUUCAUCGACCCGGAGAAAGCCCUGCUAACAGAGGCAGACGCCGGACACACAGAGUUCACGGACGAGGUGUUCCAGAACGAGAGCCGUUUCCCCGGCGGAGAGUGGAAGCCCGCCUCAGAGCCGUACACAGACGUGAACGGAGAGAAAAGCCGAAACCCUAAAGAGUUCGACUGUCCUCCGGGCUGGACGUGGGAGGACAGCUGGACGGUGGACAUCAACAGAGCUGUUGACGAUCAAGGCUGGGAGUACGGGGUGACCAUUCCUCCAGAUGAUAAGCCCCGGUCCUGGGUCCCUGCUGAGAAGAUGUACCACGUCCACCGGCGGAGGAGGCUGGUCCGGCCCCGAAAGAGAGCGGCACUUCCUGCCGGAGCGGCGCUGGAGAGGAGAGACCACGGUGACCCCGAGGGAUGGGAAUUCUCCUCCCUGAUUGGCUGGAAAUUCCAUCGAAACGAGCGCUCCUCUGACUCGUUCCGUCGACGGCGCUGGAGGAGAAAGAUGGCGCCCGAAGAUCGCCUCGGAGCCUGCGCCAUCUUUCAGCUGGAGGGCGCAUUAGGCGUCGAUACGGAGGACAAGGAGAAAGGCUCCAAGGGCGACGCCACCAAGCUGUUUGGUGCCAACACCCCCACCGUGUCCUGCUCCUUUGACAGGUCGUACAUGUACCACCUCCGAGUUUAUCUCUACCAGGCGAGGAACCUGAUGUCUAUGGACAAAGACAGUUUCUCUGAUCCGUACGCCCACGUUUCCUUCCUUCACGUUAGCAAGACGACUGAGAAGCUCCGAGCCACGCUGAACCCGACCUGGGACCAAACUCUGAUUUUCAACGACGUGGAGAUUUACGGAGACCCCAAGAACGUCGCCGCCAAUCCUCCAGACGUGGUGCUGGAGUUCUACGACAGCGACCAAGUGGGGAAGGACGAGCAGCUGGGCCGCAGCGUUUGCGUCCCGCUGGUGAAGCUGAACUCUGGGAUGGAUCAGACGCCCAGGCUGCUGUGGCACCCCGUCAUCCAGAAGGGCCAGAGGUCUGGGGAGGCACUCGUGGCUGCUGAACUCAUUCUUAAAGACAAGUCGGGUGUGGGGGAUCUCCCCCUGGUUCCCCCAAAAAGAGCCGAGAACCUCUACAUGGUCCCUCAGGGGAUCCGGCCGGUGGUGCAGCUCACAGCUGUGGAGAUUCUGGCGUGGGGUCUGAGGAACAUGAAGACGUACCAGCUGGCGGCGGUGUCGUCCCCCAGCCUGGUGGUGGAGUGUGGAGGUCAGCGGGUGGAGACUGCUGUGAUCAAGAACAUGAAGAAGAGCCCCAACUUCCCCGGCUCUGUCCUCUUCAUCAAAGUGCUCCUUCCAAAGGAUGAGAUGUACACUCCUCCCAUCGUGGUGAAGGUGAUCGACCACCGGCCGUUUGGCAGGAAGCCUGUGGUUGGUCAGUGCACCAUCACCUCUCUGGAGGAGUUCAGGUGCGACCCGUACGUCAUCGUUUCCGAGGGAGCCAGGGCCUCCAAGAUGGCUCUGAUGAUGACUGCGCCCCGUAAGGACGUUGCCAUCACGAUGGACGAGGGCCGACCGCUGCUGGAGGCGCAGUGUUUAUACAGUAUGUCUGCAGCUUUCAACAAACUGGCUUCUCCAACCGUCCCGUUUCACGCUGAAAAGGAAAAGGAAACAGUUGAUUGGUGGAGCAAAUUCUACGCCUCAGUUGGAGACCAGGAGAAAUGCGGCCCUUACACCAGAAAAGGCUACGACACCCUUAAAGUGUAUGACCGUGAGUUGGAGAAUAUCGACGAUUUCAAAGGGUUGACCGACUUCUGCAACACGUUCAAACUGCAGCGAGGCAAGAACGAAAACGGGGACGAAGACCCCACCGUGGUCGGAGAGUUCAAGGGGGCGUUCAAAAUGUACCCCCUGCCAGAUGACCCCAGCGUUGCUGCCCCGCCCCGGCAGUUCCGAGAGCUGCCAGAAAGCGGACCUCAGGAGUGUCUGGUCAGGAUUUAUGUGGUUCGGGCAAUUGACCUGCAGCCUAAAGACAACAACGGCAGAUGUGACCCGUACAUUAAAAUAUCAGUGGGCAGAAACACAGUGGACGACAGAGAUAACUACCUGCCCAACACUCUAAACCCCGUGUUUGGAAGGAUGUUUGAGAUGACAUGUUUCCUGCCUCAAGACAAGGACCUGAAAAUCUCCGUGUACGACUACGAUCUCCUGACCCGUGACGAAAAGGUCGGCGAGACGGUCAUCGACCUCGAGAACCGCUUCCUGUCUCGAUACAACUCCUACUGCGGCCUUCCUCAGACCUACUGCAUCUCUGGCAUCAACCAGUGGCGGGAUCAGCUGAAGCCGUCUCAGAUCCUGGAGAACCUGGCCCGACUGAAAAGCCUGUCCAAGCCCAGGACGGAGGACAACGGCACAUCACUUACGUUCAACGGAAAAGAUUACACGUUGGCUCAGUUUGAAAGCAACAUGGAAAUUCACCAGCACCUGGGCCCGCCGCUAGAACGCCUCUAUCUGCAUGUCCUCAGAACACAGGGACUGGUUCCUGAACAUGUGGAGACCAGGACCCUCUACAGCUCCUUCCAGCCAAAUCUGUCUCAGGGAAAGCUUCAGAUGUGGGUAGAUGUCUUCCCCAAAAGCAUCGGGCUCCCUGGUCCUCCCUUUGACAUCACACCCCGCAAACCCAAAAAGUUCUUCCUGCGAGCGGUCAUCUGGAACACCACGGACGUCACUCUGGAUGAAACCAGCAUCACGGGAGAGAACAUGAGCGAUAUCUACGUCAAAGGCUGGAUGCCGGGCAUGGAGGAGGACAAACAGAAGACUGACGUCCACUACAGGUCUCUGGAUGGAGACGGAAACUUUAACUGGCGGUUUGUCUUUGGCUUUGACUACCUGCCAGCUGAACAGCUCUGCCUUGUUUCCAAGAAGGAACACUUUUGGAGUCUUGACAAUACAGAGUUCAGGAUUCCUCCCAAGCUGAUGCUUCAGAUAUGGGAUAACGACAAGUUCUCAUUGGACGAUUACUUGGGCAUGGUGGAGCUGGAUUUAUGCAAGCUGGUCCCUCCUGCCAAAACUCCAGAGAAAUGCUCCCUAGACAUGAUGGACAAUCUGGAAAUAGUAACCCCAGGCAAACUGACGAGUGCCAAGUCUCUGUUUGCUCAGCAGUCAGUCAGAGGCUGGUGGCCUUGCUCCAUUGAACAGGACGGGAAGAGAGUACUGGGUGGUAAAGUGGAGAUGACUCUGGAGAUUGUGAGUGAAGCAGAAGCAGACGAGAGACCUGCAGGAAAAGGACGAGACGAACCCAACAUGAACCCAAAGCUAGUCUUUCCCAACCGUCCAGAAACCUCUUUCUUCUGGUUCACUAAUCCCUGCAAGACCAUGAAGUUCAUUGUAUGGAGAAGGUUCAAGUGGGUGUUCAUUGGACUCAUCAUCCUCAUCAUCGUCGUGCUCUUCAUCGCCAUCCUGCUGUACUCUUUACCAAACUACAUCUCCAUGAAGAUCGUGAAGCCGCUCCAGUGACAACGGAUCGCGCCGACUGAACACUCAGCCAAUCUAAACAGGAUUAGUUUUUAUUUUCACAGCUGACAGUGUUUUAUUAUUGAGGCGGGUGUUUUUGCAUAUUUGCACUGUUGCCAUAAUAAAUGUGUGUUUCACGUAGACAGCUUCAAGGUGACAACCAUGGGACACUGUUGACGUUUCACGCUGCAAUGCAGCCUAAAACCACAGGUGGUUGAACCGAUUUAAUGUCAUUUGUAAGGUCAUGCAGUCUGAACACGGGUUCUGGUUCUACGUUGGUAUGGGGACGAUUUUAUCCACACGGUCACUGAGACGGAUUUAAGACGUUCAUCACUAGUCACCCUUUCCUCAUUUGUCUCCUUAACAUUAUUGUGCCAAACCAUUCCUUCAUGUCUGUCCAGUUUAUAAGUGAAAUAUUAAACAUGUUUUACAUUAAAGUGAAAUAUUUCCAGAGGA